AUGGCCGACUACUCCACAGCCAAGCCUCUCCUCAUCGUCGUCAUGGGCCCCGCAUCAUGCGGCAAGUCCUCCAUCGGCUCAGACCUCGCAAACAGCCUCUCCAUCCCCUUCAUUGACGGCGAUGACCUGCACCCCGCCGCCAACGUCGCCAAGAUGAGCGCCGGCAUUCCCCUGACCGACGAGGACCGCCUGCCUUGGCUCCAGGUCAUCCGCUCGACCGGAGAGAAGGUCUGUCGCGAGCAGUGGGACAAGUCCCCCCGUGAGCUUGGCAAGUUGGGCAGGCCAGCAGUCGUCAUCCCCUCGUCGGCACUCAAGCAGUGGUACCGCAAUAUCCUUCGCGGCGACGCAGAGGUCAAGGACACAACCCCACCCAAGAUGGAGACCGUGUUCGUGUACUGCAAGGGCACCCCCGAGCUGCUGGCCGAGCGCAUUGCUGCCCGCAAGGGCCACUUUAUGAAGCCAUCGAUGCUGGCGUCGCAGCUGGCAACUCUGGAGGACCCUUCCGCCGAGGCUGGAGUGGUGGUGGUCGACAUUUCAAAGUCGCGUGAAGAGGUAUCGAAGGCUGCACUGGACGGUGUGCUCGGCCUCCUCCAGUGA